AUGGCCCUCCUUGGUUUCAGACCAUCAAGGAUGCUCAAAUACACCGUUUAUGCACUAUUUCUCGGCCUGGUAGUCUCGGUCUGCGCGGAGACCGUCCAAGGCAAGGACACCAGCCUGCUGACGAGGGAGGAAAUCGAGGAGAACGUCCAGCAAUGUGCCUUUGUGCAAACCCUAUCAGAGGCAAAAACCAGAGCAAAUCCUUCGCAUGCCUCGUUAACGACCCAACUCUUCGCCAUCCUCUUUCCCUCGUCCUCCCCAGCAAUCAACGCCCUGCUCGCAACAGCCUACAUUUCGGGCCCUCCAAAUUUCCUCCUCGCGCUAUGUCCUCCCAAUAUCGACCCGUCGUCGCUGAGCAUCAUGGUCGCCUUCGCGGUGGGGGGUCUCCUGGGGGACACGCUCUUUCAUCUGCUCCCCGAGAUCUUCUUGGGUGAAGACGAGCACGAUCAGGUCAAGUUCGUCAUGGUCGAACCGAACCGCAAUUUGCUCUUGGGGGUUGGGAUCAUUGUUGGGCUGGUCACCUUCAUGGCCAUGGAUAAAGCCCUGCGCAUUGCGACCGGUGGAGACGGCGGCCACUCUCACUCACACUCACAUUCUCAUGACGAGAAGCACGAAACUGCUGCAACCAAUGGCUCCGCCACAACAACGUCCGCAAAAAAAGCAGCAAAUGGCGACAUGAGACACCGCAAAGCCCAAACAGACACCACCAAAACCCUUACCCCUGCUCCGUCCUCCUCCUCAUCUCCAUCCCCUCAGAACCCCUCCGUCAAACUCGCCGGCCUCCUCAACCUAAUCGCCGACUUCACGCACAACAUCACCGACGGGCUAGCCCUCUCGUCCUCCUUCUACGCCAGCCCCGCCCUCGGCGCCACGACCACCAUGGCCGUCUUCUUCCACGAGAUCCCCCAUGAGGUAGGGGACUUCGCUUUACUCAUCCAAUCCGGGUUUUCGAAGCGGAAAGCCAUGGGCGCCCAGUUCGUCACGGCCGUGGGGGCCUUUUUGGGCACGCUGAUCGGCAUCUUUGUGCAAGAGUACGGCGGCGGCGGCGGGAGCUCCAAAAGUACGAGUGACGGAACAUUGGCCGGAACAUCGCCAAAAAGUGGAUUCGGCGGCAUCUGGGGCACCAGCCUCAGCUGGGGAGACAUGCUCCUCCCCUUCACGGCUGGAACGUUUCUGUACGUCGGCACCGUGGCCGUGAUUCCAGAACUGUUGGAGACCGGCCCCAAUAAAUGGGCCGAGCUGAGGAAGACGGCACUCCAGUUCGCGGCCAUGUUCGUCGGCGCGGCCAUCAUGUUGGGGAUAUCGUGGUCAUAA